AUGGCAUCUCCGAACGACAGCACAAUUCGCGAUGAUUCCGACUUUGUGGGCGUCCAACGCUCUACAGAUACACCUUUUGGUGAGAAGAUCGAAGAGCGAGGGUGGAAAAACAUGACACUGGUAGCCUUUCCACUCAAGCGGCCCGAGGUGGCCGAAAGAGAAGCUUACAAAAACGAAUCGCCUGUUACCAACAAAUCCCUCAUCUGGCUACAGGCUCGUCCCAAAGGCUUUGUUUUGAUCCGUUGGUUUACUCUCCCGAAGUACGUGACCAAAAAUGGUGUGAUGGUAGGGCUGUUCCACUCUAUGGACAAACCGGAGGAGCAGGUGGUCAUCAAACAGAUGUAUGCAGUUCAGAUACAUGAUUACGGAACCAGACCCGACAACGACAUAAAGAACUGGCACGGAGACUCACAGUCAACCAUGUUCAUGAAAUACUACAAUGGCGGCUCGCUCUGGGAACUCUUGGAGAAUUACAAGAAAGGGCGCUUGUCUAAAAAUUCGGAGCGUACAGGAGCUGAGGAUGUCCCCGAGGAAUUCAUCUGGCAUUUCAUCGCCCAAGUCGGGCGGGCUUAUGCCUACUUGCACACAGGCCAUGUGAAAUCUCCAGAGGAGAACCUCCGGAAUAACAACCACUUGAAGCCCGACUUGAAGCAUCCAACGUUGAAAGAUUGGGUCUCGAUUGGCCACAAUGACGGCCACUUACACAAUAUUUGGCUGCACUACCCUUCUGCUGAAGAAAAACAAAAAGACCCACGACUUGAGAACUUUAACGCCUGUUUCCCACAGAUUCACCUUGCAGACUUUGGCCUGGCGUGCGACGUGAAACAUGACGUUCACGGUGAAUACAAGGCAAGGUUGAAAAAGCUUCCAGAGCCGGGGACGUGGUUUGACAAGAUGUAUUUCUGUGUGAUGCUGAAGACACUGUUGACUAUCUCUGAAAAACGCAUCAAAGCGUGGGGUCUGGGCAGAGAGCUAGCCUUUCACGUUGCCGAACGGGAACAAGCCGGCGAUGAGAUCAAAUUUCCCUUUACCAAACUCGCAACCUCCAAGAAGUUGCGAGCAAAAUACAGCGGAGAACUGCUUGAUCUCGUGGGGAAGUUUGAGGAUAUGUUUGAUUUCGCAGCCGAAGAAUACGACAACACGGCGGACAUGAAGGAAGCAACAUGUGCAUGGUGGACCGAAUUUACUCAAACCAAGAAGGUACAAAGGGAAAGACGCUGGGAGGAAUGGCCCAGCAACGACUGGCUUUACGGACAUGUCAUUGCGUUGGCCGACUAUAAACUGGAUCAGCAUAGAAGGGCGAAGGACAAAAGGGAUCGCCCGGUCAUGUGGACCAUGGGCAUCAGGGGCGGGAUGCCUUAUCGGGCUUAUGACCCGCAGCGAUGGCCUUUCACUGCUACCCAGGACUUUCAGCAAGCUCACAUGGCUCUCGCCGCGAUUAGGGUACACACAUUUCCUUUUUGGCCUUCCCGGUCGGCUGUCAUCAUGGUUAUGGAAGCCCGCGGUGGGAAGCACAAAGACCUCGUCCGAACAAUUCACCGGCACAACAAAAUAUUGAAUGACCGACGAAAACUGCUCAAAAUAGCCGAGAAGAAUUACAUGUAUCCGUUCAUAAACAACUUUUAUGUGAAGCCGCUGAUCACCGCCCCCCAGGCCGGGACGUCCACCCCUUCGCAUGCACAUCAGUCUUCAAGCCCACAGCAGUCUGGAAGGUCACAGCAGUCCUCGAGCUCGCACCAGUCGUCAAUCCCAACUGUGUGCACCAACUCCCCGCUUGAAGAUGCUGCCAUCGUGGACCGAGUGAACAAGCCAGUCUGGGAACUAUAUCCCUUGAUGGCCAGGGAGCUUAGUACUCUCGACAUCCGGAGAUCCCGCCAGAUCGACAUUGCCACACGUGGGAAUCUUUCCGACAUUGAUAAGAGGACACUUGCCAUUGUGGACAAACAGGUGAAGGAUAUUUUGGCGGCGAGAAGCUCUUUUUGGGCCGAGGUGGAGCGCAGAAAGGUCAAGCACCUACAGGAGGAAAAGCAUCAUGAAAAUUCCACUUUUGAGGGCAGGAAGGCUGAUUAUAGCUUGGCUCAUGUUUACAAGGAGAGAAACAUAAACACCCAAAUCAGCAUGCAUCACGAGUUCGACCGCAAGCAUAACGACACCAUCCGUAGGAUUGACAACGAAGUUCGAUUCUUGGAAAGCCUCAUGGAAUGGUGGAAGGACCAGAUAUCGUUCAUCAACAAUCAACAAUUCACAGAGGGUGGCACUGUGCCUGUGCACCGUGAUUCCAAGAGCAAGCCCGAUCUUUACGAUGAGUGGAUGUUAGAGGCCGAGCACGAGCAGUCAAGCUCUGCCGAUCCUGAUGGGAAAUCCACGAUCCUGCCAGACCCGAAUGACCCCUCAUACAAAAAUAGGGCACUUGACCGCCUGGAAAAAUACUGCGAAUAUGUUUUGAGAACAGGGUUCUUCGAAAACCCAGACAUGACCCUCAAAGAUGUCACAAACCUGCCGGCAUUUUGGGCAGCUGAUGAUACGAUACUACUCGAGGCAGAACAAGCUGCAGAAAACUCCUUUGUUGAUGGGUUAUCGAUGCCGGCUGACGAGGAAUUUGUCACAACUCUUAGAAACUUGUUUAAUGCGCCGGGCGACCUGAACGACGGGAGAAUGGACCAGACUAUUCAAGACAAUAUAGAUGCUGCUGAGGGGAACUCGUCAUACAUUGAUUCCAGUGUGAGGCGCUCCACUUCCACAGCGAAGGGAAUUCCGCUGGCCGAGUACUACUGCAAGCUCUAUGCCGGUGAAAACCCUUGGGCUGGAGAGGAAGACGCUGGCGAUGGCGAUGACGCUCCUACGAUGGCGAAGAUGUCGAGCGUCAUGACUCUCCAGGUCCUGAGCGAGGAUGAAGAUGGCGGUACCGAUACACUGUCUAGAAAUCUGAAUAUUCCCACAAGUCAGGGGAGGUUGAUGGCACAAACUCUGCCUGGAAGGUAUCAGGGCACCACGGUACCGAGCCAAAGACCAAAGACGUCUCAAACCAGGACCAUCAUCCACAGCGUUGAUUCAGCACUGGGCCCAGCUCCUGAGAAAUUCCGUCAAGGUCCUAGACCAUGGACUUCACUGGAUGACUUUAUGCGCAGUGGAAUGGAAUCUCGUCUUUUCGGUUCAUUGCCAGUACAAACUUUUGAUCCCAAGCGGUAUAUACGAACAUGGCAUCUGAGGCUAGAGGGCGACAUCACACCAGAGGAGUAUGUGAGGAAUGGAAUGGAAAAGGCCAUACAGCACGCGAUACGGGUGGAGGAGGAAUUACAAAAUGGAGCUUGGGAUGAUGGGGCUCGUGGGUCGAAGCGAGGACGGCGUUCUCCAAGGUUUCGGUCAAGUGCAAAAAGACGCAGGGUAGUGUGA